AUGGGAAAGAAUCGUCACUAUGAUGCUCUGAGACCCAGUCAGGCGUUUGAGUUCACACGGGACCCGUCUGUCGGUCAGAUAGCUCUGGCUUUCCUCCAGGCCUCCUUCGCCUUCAGCGGCUGGAACUUCCUGAACUACGUCACAGAGGAGGUGGUGGAGCCACGCAAGAACCUGCCCCGGGCUAUCUACAUAUCCAUUCCCCUGGUGACGUUAGUCUACACUCUGACCAACAUUGCAUACUUCUCCUCCAUGACCCCCGAAGAGCUGUUGGCAUCCAACGCCGUGGCCGUGACAUUUGGUGAGAAGUUGCUGGGCGUAUUCUCCUGGGUGAUGCCCAUCUCUGUAGCUCUGUCUACAUUCGGAGGAAUCAACGGCUAUCUCUUCACUUCAUCCAGGUUGUGUUUCUCUGGAGCCAGAGAGGGUCACCUGCCUUACCUGUUGGCCAUGAUCCACCUGAAAAACUGCACCCCUAUUCCCGCUCUGCUAGUCUGUUGCGGAGCCACCAUUGUGAUCCUGUGUAUCGGAGAGACUCACAACCUGAUCAACUAUGUGUCGUUUAUUAACUUCCUGUCCUAUGGAGUGACCAUCGCUGGCCUGCUGUACUAUCGCUGGAAGAGACCCAACCUGCUACGACCCAUCAAGGUGAGUGUGUUGGUCCCUAUCAGUUACCUGGUGUUCUGGGCGGUGCUGCUGGGGUUCAGCCUGUACUCGGAGCCCGUGGUGUGUGGCAUGGGGAUCGUCAUCAUGCUCACCGGGGUACCCGUCUACUUCGUCGGAGUCCACUGGAAGAACAAGCCCAGAUGUGUCUACAGGGUCGUGG